AUGGCUUCUCAAAUAGCUCGUCGAUUAAUUAUAUUAGGUGCACCUGGUUCUGGUAAAGGUACAAUUGCUAGUCGAAUAGUUAAAACCUAUAGUAUGCCUUAUGUUGUUGUUGGAGAUUUACUUCGUCAAAAUAUUCAACAAAAAACAGAGGAAAGUAGAACAAUUAAAGAACAUAUUGAUAAAGGUCUUCUUCUACCAGAUGAACUUAUAUUAAAAUUUGUUGUUGAUGAACUUGAAAAAAAUCGUGAACAAGGAUUUUUAUUAGAUGGUUAUCCACGUACAUUAAAUCAAGCUAAAAUGUUACAUCGACAAAUGAAAAUUGAUCAUGUUAUUUCAUUACAUGUACCUACUGAUGAAAUAAUAAAUCGUUUAAAAGAUAGAUGGGUUCAUUUACCAAGUGGAAGAGUUUAUAAUCUUUUAUGGAGUCCACCGAAAAUAUCUGGUAAAGAUGAUCAAACAGGUGAAUCAUUAUCACAACGUGAAGAUGAUAAACGUGAAGUUCUUCGUCAUCGAUUAAUUGCUUAUGAUAAAAAUACAAAUCCAAUUAUGGAAUUUUAUAGACAAUUAGAUAUUCUUAAAGAAUUUCAUGGACGUGAAAGUGAUAAAAUUUGGCCUGAAGUUAAAGAUUAUCUUGAUCGUAUUCUUAAAGAAUCCAUAUCGCAAAAGUCAGCUGCAUAG